UCCUCCUCCCCUGCCAUCUGCUUAUGCCCCACCUUCAUACCCUUCAUCCUCACCAUACUAUCCUCCAGGUCAUUUCUACCCUGGACCCUAUCCACCUCCACCAUACAAAGGUUGAGCUCUGGACAAAUGCAGGAUAAUAAACAAUGCUAGAUCCUUGAGCUAUGAAUUGUAUAGAAUGUAGUCCAUAUUAGCUGCCAAAUUUAGGCUUUCAUUACUAUUUUUUUUCUGUGUUGUUGAUUUUUUAAUGGUAUAUGUUAGUUUCUGAAGUCGUUAGUUCACUUAAUCGAUUUUGUUUCUUUUCUUUUUUUCAUUUUUCCAUUUUUAUGCGCUAAAGCCACAAAGAAAACUACAUGCUUGUAUAUGUGAUGGAGUUGGUUCUUGAAUCCAAUCAUCUUUGAGGGGAGUGUACCCCAACUGCUCAG